CAUCACUGCUCAUGACCAGCGUGACCUCGUGAUCAAGCUCGUUAGAGCAGAAGAACGAUCUUCGCUCUGUAGCUUUGCAGCUAGCGUCUGUAAAGGAACCAGCAUUGUUGCUACAGGGGUACAGAUUCUCACCGCCCACUGCCUCACCACGCAGGAGAGAUGUCACAAGCGUCUCGUUCGUCAAAGAAGUCAAAGCAUGCCUCCCGGCCACUUAAACGUCAGUCAGCGGCUUCGAUGCCUUCAUUCAGUGAAAGAACGUCCAUGAAAACUUCCGAGAUUCAAAAAGACUCGGAAAGAAGAUCCAUAGGUCGACCUUUCCUGAAACCACCUCCUGCACCUGAACCAGUUGGAGGUGACUUUGAGCAAGAGCACGAGUACAGCUUCGGCGACGUUUAUGGUCACGGAGCCUUCCAACGGAUGAUCCUCUGUACCAACGUCCUGGCCCUAGUCGUCCUGCAGUGCCACACACAAGCAUUCAAGCUAAUCGCACGCAAGGUCGACUUCUGGUGCAAACGACCUGUAUCUUUCUCCUAUCUCAGCGCUGAAGACUGGAAGAAAACAGGAAUACCCGCCGCUGACAACGAGACCUAUAGUCGCUGCACAGUCUACGACCAACCACUGAGCGUCAACCGGAGCCCUGUUCCGUGCGACUUCUGGGAGUACGACACGUCGACAGCAACCAUCGUAACUCAAUGGGACCUCGUUUGCGGCCGGGAAUGGCUCCUUUCGAUGGCGUCUUCGAUAUACAUGGUGGGAGCCAUGGUCGCCGUACCUGUACUGGGUGUUGCGGCGGACAGCUGUGGCCGAAGGCCUAUUAUUCGAAGCGCCGUCGUAGUUCUCCAGGUGGCUGGCUUCGGAAGUUGCUUCAACUUGAGUUUUCCCCUCUUCGUCAUCUUCCGCUGCAUUGUGUCAGCAUGCGUAAGCACCAUAUUCGUAUCCAUCCUGACCUUGUUAAUCGAGGUCACGUCUUUGGAAAACCGCACCCUAUUUGGAACCAUAGCGGUGUCUCUCGGUGUCAGCAUAGCGGAAGCACUCAUGGUCUUUCUGGGUCAGUUCGAGAUGCAGUGGUGGGUAGUACAACUCAUCAUCAUGGGAAUAACAUUAACGCUUCUGUCCGCAUUCUACACGAUUGAAGAGUCUCCACGCUGGCUUCUUGCCAUCCGCGACUUUGCACGGGCGGAGAAAUGCGUUAUGUGGGCCGCACAAGUCAACCACGAGCCAUCUGACAAAGUUCGGAAAGGAUUCGAGAAACUUGCUGUCAAAAUACAAAAAAAGUCUGCAGAAACCGUAGCGGUCAAACCAUACGUUCUGCUAAGGAGUCCUCUGCUUCGUUCGCGCACAUACGUUAUUUUUUUCUGUUGGUUCGCCAUGAUGUACUCCUUCUACGGCCUCACGUUCACGGACGCGGUAAAAACUGUAAGAUGGGCGAAGGUCACUACCCCCUUCCUCGCUGCCUUCGCCACUGUGGCCAUGUUCUUCGCCAUGAACUCGCUGGGACGCAAGACUGUCUUCGUGACAACACUGGGCAUUGUCGGGACAUCCACCGCAGUACUACUGGGGACGUACACAUCGAGUCAGCUGUGGAUGAACAACGCGCUGGUGGUCACCGGCAAGACAGCAGCGCUGCUCUCGAUUGAAGUUGGAUACAUUUACACGGCUGAGUUGUUCCCCACCGUCGUCAGGAGCGCUGGCGUAUGCGGGGGUUACAUGUGCGGACGGCUGGGGGGUGCUCUUGCGCUGGCAUUGUUCUCCUCGAAGCACGAGUUCUCUCCGGACGUUGCAUUCGGUAUUAUGGUAUUUCUUGUGUUUGUCAGUGAGAUUGCGCUGGCGAAGCUUCCUGAUACCUCGACGAGGCGCCUGCUUAACACGAUGAAUGAAAUGGACGAAGAGCAUUUUUACGAACUGGCCAGAGCGGAACUUGGGAUGAAGCCGUUGAAAGGGUCAUGGGCUCCGAAGACAGCGUUCGCUCAAGAUGACGCCGCAGGCAGAACGCAGUCCAGUGUAACCUCCAAGAGCUCAAAGAGCUUUCCGAAAAAGUGAUGAAGCCAACGGCACCAUAGAUAAUGUUCAUUCGCACUGUGCAUUCUUUUAUGAGAAAUAUAAGUAUUUUAUAAUGUG